AUGGAAGGCUACGAAACAGGAACCAGCGAAGAAAAAAAGACUUAUCAAUUUUACGACCCGAAUUAUCAGUAUACUUGCCAGAGAUGCGGAAAGUCUUACAAAAGCGCGGGCUCACUGUCAAGACACAGGCACUACGAGUGUGGAAUCGAGCCUAAGGAAAAGUAUGGGGAUGGAUAUUUGCCGGCGUCUCAGUCCUCGUCGGACAACGAGGAAAUUUACCCGCAAAAUCUUCUUGGUGUCGCGUACAAAACUUCGGUUAAUAAUUCUAAAGAAGUUAGAGACGACGACGGGAAAUAUGUUUGCACUAAAUGCGGAAAAUCAUACAUCGCCUCAACCUCUCUGAAGCGGCACCAGCGGCUCGAGUGCGGAGUUGACCCCGCUCAGAAGUGUCACAUUUGGUACUGGACAUUCAUUCCAGCUGGACCAAUUGGACCAGCGAUGCCUGAAUAUCCGUCAAUUGUUCCGGCGCAGGUAGCACUAAUCUCAACGCGUUCAUCGCGGAGAAGCAAGGCAAAGAUGAAUUUCAGAUGCGACAAGUGCGGAAAACACUUCCGCUCGCGUUAUCAUCUUAAUCGUCAUUAUACGUUCGCUGUGGAACAGUGGAACGGAACGAACUUCACGCAGUGGUACGAAGUUCCAGGGAACGACAAGUUCCACAUGUGCCAAACGUGUCGCAAGUAUUUCUCCUCCCAAAAGAGUCUGAUGCGCCACGUGAAUUCUAUGUGUGGAACCAACAACGCGCAGGCGCACGAGUGCGAAAAAUGCGGAAAGUUGUUCGGCAGGCGCGACAACAUGAAGCGACACUACGACUUGUGCGGGAGCGCUAAAAAGUAUCCAUGCUUAAAGUGCAAUAAGAAAUUCAGCAGGAAAGAUUAUAUGAAAGUUCAUGCUACUUUGUGUUGCACUUUCGGGUACCAAUUCUGGCCAAUAAAAACAGAAGAACACCCGGAAGAAAUAGUAACAGAGGAACCUAACCAAUCAACGAGCCCAAAGAAGCGCCGCGGACGGAGAUGUGUCCUCAGCUUGAAUUAUAUUUGCAAUUCUUGCGGGAAUAAAUACGCAAGAUUGAGUUGUCUUCGCCGGCAUCAAAAAGAGUGCUGCUGCGAGCCUACUCUAGAGUGCCCGAAAAACAAUCGGAGAAUUCAAGAGAUGAAUUACUUCCUGUACCCAGAAUUAAAUUACCAACGCGACGAGCUGGAUAUUCUGAGGCCGAAAAAGCUGCGAUUGCACUACUGUAGCGGAUGCGGGCGAUCUUAUACACGUGUGGACAGCUUAAAGAGACACCAAUUAAAAUGCAAUGAGUAUUUGAUGACUACUCUGCAAGACAGCGGAGCUGGAAGGAAUGAGGACCGGGAGGGAAUUUGGUCGAAAAAAGGGACUAAUGAGGUGUCGUUGGUUACAGAGAUGCUGGAACAGUACGAGCAAUGGUUCCCGGAACGAGUGAAACCGAAGAAGGACGCCAGAACGAGUGGGACAUAUGUGUCGGCAUCUGUCGUCAAGCCGACGCAGUUGCACGUCUGCAGCGCCUGCGGAAAGAGGUACAAGUGGCUGGACAGCCUGAGGAGGCACCAGAGGGUCGAGUAUGCUAAUUGGCGGCGCCAAAGUCUUCUUUUGGACCACCAGUCUCCGGGGGAGCUUCUCGGAAAUUCUCCUGGGGGUUACUUCUGUCGGAAGUGUGGGAACAGUUACUCGAGGCUGCACUCGUUAAAUCGGCACAUUAAAUUUGAGUGCGGAAUUGAGCCACAGUUUGAGUUUUGGGGCCCGCCUCAAGUCAAUAUCGAGGUCCAGCUUCACACUUGUCCGAAGUGUGCGAGGACUUACUCGCACAAGUGCAACCUAAUGAGACACCUGAGACUUGAAUGCGGAGUCGGUCCGAGAUUUCAAUGCUCAAGCUGCGAAAAAAGAUUCAAACAUCGGCACCAUCUUCGAGAUCAUGAGAAACUUCAUACCCAUCACUGGGGCUUAGAUACUCAUAUGUAA